AUGGCUCGUGGCAUAAAGAAACAUCUUAAGCGCAUGGCGGCUCCAAAAUCCUGGAUGUUGGACAAGCUUUCAGGAACAUUUGCCCCACGCCCAUCCACCGGUCCUCAUAAACUUCGCGAGUGCCUUCCCCUUAUUGUUUUCCUCCGCAACCGCUUGAAGUACGCUUUGACCAGAAAGGAAGUCAUGUCGAUUCUCAUGCAGCGUUUGGUGAAGGUUGAUCACAAAGUUCGUACCGAUACCACGUAUCCUGCCGGAUUUAUGGAUGUUAUUUCUAUCGAAAAAACCAAUGAAAACUUCCGCCUUCUUUACGAUACCAAGGGCCGCUUUGUUAUCCAUAGAAUUUCCGAGGAAGAAGCCAAAUACAAGCUUUGCAAAGUCAAAAAGUGCCAACUUGGAGCCAAGGGUGUUCCCUUCAUUGUCACCCAUGAUGGUCGUACUUUUCGCUACCCAGAUCCAUCAAUCCGUGUAAAUGACACAGUCAAGUUCAACAUGGAAACUGGCAAGCUAGAGGAAUUCAUCAAGUUUGAAACCGGAAAUGUUGUCAUGAUCACUGGAGGUCACAACAUGGGACGCGUAGGUGUCAUCACACACCGCGAACGUCACCAUGGCGGUUUUGACAUUGUCCAUGUCAAGGAUUCUCGCGACCGUUCUUUUGCCACCCGCAUGUCAAAUAUCUUCAUCAUCGGGCAGGGAAAUAAGUCUUGGGUCUCGCUUCCAAAGGCCAAGGGUAUCCGUUUCACCAUCACCGAGGAACGUGACAAACGCCUGACUGCCAUGAAGAAAUAG